AUGUCUAAGAUUACCUCCACUCACGUUAGAGAUAACGUCAAGGAUUUGUUGAAGUAUUCAAACGAAACUAAGAAGAGAAACUUCUUAGAAACCGUUGAAUUACAAGUUGGUUUGAAGAACUACGAUCCUCAAAGAGACAAGCGUUUCUCUGGUUCUUUGAAAUUGCCAAACUGUCCAAGACCUAACAUGGCUAUCUGUGUUUUUGGUGAUGCUUUUGAUGUUGACAGAGCCAAGUCUAUUGGUGUUGAUGCCAUGUCUGUUGAUGAUUUGAAAAAGUUGAACAAGAACAAGAAAUUGAUUAAAAAAUUGGCUAAGAAGUACAAUGCUUUUGUUGCUUCUGAUGUUUUAAUCAAGCAAGUCCCAAGAUUAUUGGGUCCUCAAUUGUCUAAGGCCGGUAAGUUCCCAACUCCAGUUUCUCACAACGAUGACUUGUACGCUAAGGUUACCGAAGUUAGAUCUACCAUUAAGUUCCAAUUGAAAAAGGUUUUGUGUUUAGCCGUUGCUGUUGGUAACGUUGAGAUGGAAGAAGAUAUUUUGGUUAGUCAAAUCUUGAUGGCUGUUAACUUUUUAGUUUCUUUGUUAAAGAAGAACUGGCAAAAUGUUGGUUCCUUGGUUAUUAAAUCAUCCAUGGGUCCAGCUUUUAGAUUGUACUAA